AGCUAGUUGUCUGCACACAAAGAAAGUUGUCUGAAAUGGCGCUGUCAACAAUUUUCAAGGAUUUGCCUGCCGAGCAUCCGCGCCACCUGAUACCUGAGCUAUGCCGUCAAUUCUAUCAUCUGGGCUGGGUGACCGGCACAGGCGGUGGCAUGACGAUUAAAUUCAACAAAGAGAUUUAUAUAGCACCAUCGGGUGUGCAAAAGGAACGGAUGCAGCCAGAGGAUCUUUUCGUGCAGGACGAAGAUGGCAAGGACUUGCAGUUGCCGCCACAAAUAAAAGGACUGACCAAAAGCCAAUGCACCCCACUAUUUAUGCUUGCCUAUCGUCAUCGUGAUGCUGGCGCCUGCAUUCACACACAUUCCCAGCACGCUGUGAUGGCAACCCUGCUAUGGCCGGGCAAAACUUUCCGUUGCACGCACUUGGAAAUGAUCAAGGGCAUCUACGAUGAGGCGGAUAAGCGUUAUCUACGCUACGAUGAACAACUCGUUGUGCCCAUCAUUGAGAAUACGCCCUUCGAACGCGACUUGGCCGACAGCAUGUAUGCCGCAAUGAUGGAAUAUCCCGGAUGUAGCGCCAUUCUUGUGCGACGUCAUGGAGUCUAUGUGUGGGGCAAGACAUGGGAGAAGACUAAAACUAUGUCGGAAUGCUAUGACUAUUUGUUCUCAAUUGCCGUGGAGAUGAAGAAGGCCGGACUCGAUCCGGAAAAGUUUGAAGAUGUCUCGAAAGCUUAACCAUCAACCACAAUAACCAAAAAGAAAAAAAUGCCUCAUCAUCUUGCAUAUACUGAUAAACGCAACUGAUGUACAUAAAAAUAUAUAGUUGAAUAUAGACAUACAUACGUUGUAUUGAUAACUUA